UAAGCGUUGAAAACUUAAAAUAAAACAACGGGGAAAAAAUCGAUUUAAAAUAAAUAGUCAGACAAAGAACAGAUAAAUGAGAACUUUAAGUGGAAUAAUAUUAAUUUAAAAUAAGAAAAUUUAAAUAAUUUUAAAGGAAAAAGUUUCCUUUAACACAGAACAAUUGAAACAAAUUACAUCGAAAUUUCGAAAGUCUGUAAAACCAAUCUACCAGAAAUCAUUUACAUAACAACUUCUUCAAAAUGAGUCAAUUUGGAGGAGGUGCAAAUCCCUUUGGGGCACCCUCUGGGAUAGGUGGCGGUAAUCCCUACGAACAGCAACAACAGUCCAGUUAUGGUUACGAUCAAACAGCUACCGGUUAUGGACAAGAUACAGGCUAUGGUCAAGAUACAACUUACGGACAAGAUACAGGUUAUGGGCAGAGUACGGUUGGUGGUAUACCGGGACAACAGCAACCCUUUGUAGCCAGACCACGUGUAGAUGUGGAUGCUGAGGGAGAAGUUGAUCCAACACUUUAUCCAGAACCCAAAGAGGGUACUCACAAAAUCCGUGGCCAUUCGGAUAUUAUUGAAAUGUUAUUCGGACCCACCGAAUAUGAAUUAAUACCCGUUAAGGGUUUUUAUUUCUUCUUUUACGCCGCCUUUGGUUCGCUCUUCCCUCUGAUGGGUGUCUAUUUCAAACAGAUGGGCAUGAAUCCCGGCCAGUGCGGUAUUCUUAUAGGCAUGCGACCAUUUGUGGAAUUCUUAUCAGCUCCAUUUUGGGGUUCCUAUGCGGAUAGAUGCCGGCGUGGCAAGGUUUUAUUGUUGGGCUCUUUAGCCUGCUGGGUUUUGUUUACCAUACCUUUGAGUUUUAUUAAACCGGAACCGGUGAAAUGUCUGGAACGUAAUCAAACAGAUUUCGUUUUAACCUAUACACGUACCAAACGUGAUUUGUCUGCAUUUAAUUCGGCCAAUUUGAGAGAUGAUAGUGCAGAAUUUUUAGAUAAUCAUGCUGCCCUACUUGGUACAAAUACCAUGCCCGCUAAUGAAGCCGCUGAAGAGUCUCAUAGAAGACGCAAACGCUCCUUAAUACCUCAUAUUGAUGCUGGAAUCUCUCCCAUACACAUUAAUUUUGUAAGCAACUAUGAUGAGAAACAACAUAGUGACUAUGUAACACCCAUAUUUUCCAGUAUGGUCUAUCGAACACCGGACAUACAAAAAGCUUUCUUCCUGCUAUUAUUGGUUAUUUUAAUUGGUGAAUUCUUCAGUGCCCCUGCCGUCACUCUAGCCGAUUCGGCGGUAAUAACCCUCUUAGGUGAUGAUGCCGAUAAAUAUGGGCAUCAACGUAUGUUCGGCUCUUUGGGUUGGGGUAUUUCUAUGUUUGUAGUGGGUAUUGUUUUGGAUCAUUCCACCUCGUUUUCACAUCAUCCCUGUGGUGCUGGUCAUAUGGAAAAGAAUUAUAAUGUAUGUUUUGCUAUAUUCACCGUACUCAUGACGGGAGCUAUUAUCUGCGCUUCGAAAAUUACCUUCAAAUAUGAACCCAUUGAAUUGGAAACACAAACCGCACAAGAUGUUAUCGAUCCCAAUAAGAAAGCUGAAGAGGAAUCUAUGAAUCAAUUGGCAGCCCAAUUGAAUUUACCUUCAUUGGCUGUGGGCGCUGGCACAGCGGGUCCUACUACCGCCAGUGGUGGUUUCUUGGGAGGCGGUACUGGUGGUCCCAAACCUCAUAUUGGUGCCGAAUCGAAAUUGUUUGCCCAAACUACUAAAGAGUUACCAGAAUGGAUGACUGUGUUUACCUACUUCAAGGAUAUUAAAACUGCUUCUUUCCUGUUUGUAGCCUGGUAUAUGGGCUUUGGUAUUGGUUUGAUAUUUACUUUCUUGUUCUGGCAUUUACAAGAUUUCGGCGGUACUCCCACCUUAUUCGGUGUAGCCUCGGUUAUUAAUCAUGUCUCGGAAAUAUUCGCCUAUUUCUUUAGUUUCCGUUUAAUCACCCAGAUUGGCCACGUUAAGGUCUUGUGUUUGGGUUUAAUAGGCAAUGUUUUACGUUUCCUGUAUAUAUCCUAUAUAAGCAAUCCCUGGAUGGUAUUGCCCUUCGAAUUGAUGCAGGGUAUCACUCAUGCUGCUGUCUGGGCAGCCUCUUGUUCGUAUAUAGCUCAUAAUACACCCAAGCACUUGAGAGCCUCGGCUCAGGGCGUACUACAGGGUAUACAUCAUGGUUUAGGUCGCGGCUGUGGUGCCAUUAUUGGUGGUAUGUUUGUGACAUACUACGGCACCACGAAUACCUUCCGUUGGUAUGGCAUCUGUUGUCUGUUUGUCUUGGGUUUGUUUAUAUUUGUCAACUUUUAUCGUAAAGAACAAGGUUUUAUUUCGGAUAUACCCGUCACAGAGGAUCCUCAUCAGGUGGCUGAGGAAACUUCACAUUUGGCUCCACAUGGUGUUCCCAGUAAUCCUAUACCUCGCGCCCUAUCCAAUACCCGUCUUAAUGAAAUGAAUCCUAAUGGAGGUACUGGUAAUACCUAUGGCACGUAUCAGACCAGUGGCGGUAAUUUGGAUAUACCCGGUGGCAGUAAUCCAUUUGGUAGCCAAUAAGUUUAUUGAACAGGUACAUUUUAAGUUUAUCGUCCGUUUUUCGUUUGAUUUUUUUUAUCAGAUGACUGUUUUUGGAAAAGAACAAAUUAAGCUCCAGCAUUUAACAGUUUUUUGGAAGAAUUUUUCGAUUAUACAUAAGCCUUUAGUUUCUAACUAUAGUUCAGAUUUUAGAUUAGAAUAUAGUCUUGAUAAUAGACUUUAGUCUUGACUAUAAACUGAUCUGAUCUUGACUAUAGAUCAAUCUAUAGUCUUGACUAUAGAUCAGUCUGUAAUCUUAACUAUAGAACGGUAUUGACUAUAGGAUCAGUCUAUAGUCUUGUCUAUAGAUUAGUCUAUAGUCGUGACUAUAGAUCAGUCUAUAGUCUUGACUAUAGAUCAGUCUAUAGUAUUGACUAGAGAUCAGUCUAUAGUCUUGACUAUAGAUCAGUCUAUAGUCUUGACUACAGAUCACUCUAUACUAUUGACUAUAGAACAGUCUAUAGACUUGACUAUAUAUCAGUCUGUAGUCUUGGCUAUACAUCAGUCUAACGUCUUUAUAGUCUUGACUAUAGAUCAGUCUAUAAUCUUGACUAUGGAUCAGUAUAUAGUCUUGACUAUAGAUCAGUCUAUAGUCUUGUCUAUAGAUCAGUCUAUAGUCGUGACUAUAGAUCAGUCUAUAAUCUUGACUAUAGAUCAGUCUAUAGUAUUGACUAUAGAUCAGUCUAUAGUCUUGAAUAUAGAUCAGUCUAUAGUCUUGACUACAGAUCAGUCUAUACUCUUGACUAUAGAACAGUCUAUAGAUUUGACUAUAUAUCAGUCUGUAGUCUUGGCUAUACAUCAGUCUAUCGUCUUUAUAGUCUUGACUAUAGAUCAUCUAUAGUCUUGACUAUAGAUCAGUGUAUAGUGUUGACUAUAGAUCAGUCUAUAGUCUUGACUAUAGAUCACACUAUCAAUCUAUAAUCUAGACAUCAGUCUGUAAUCUGGAAUAAAGAUCAGUCUAUUGUCUUGACUACAGAUCAGUCUAUAUUCUAACUAUAGAUCAAUCUGGAUAGAAUAGUGUCUAUAAAUCAUUCUAUUACAUCCUUGUCCAUAGUCUUGACAAUGUAUCAGUUGACAUCUGAACAAAAAUUCUUUCAAAAUUUUGUAAUUAAAACAUAAAAAACCGAGUAAGAUAGUUUUCAACUAAAAUUUAAAGAAAAGUUCUUAGCUUAGGCUUCGUUUUCUCAGAAAAAUCUAGUUUAAACUUACAAAAAAAACGAAAAGGUACAAAGCUUAAAAGCUUGCUAGUUUCAAAAGCUUUGUAAAUAAGCUUUUUUUUUAUUCAAAAAUCACCUCAAGAAUACAUAAAAAAGUUUACAAAGUUUUCCACAUUGAGAAAGAAAAUGUCAUUAAAAAAAACCCACAAUCAUUGUAGAAGGUACAAAAAAAAAGUUCGUAUAGAAAUAAUUAGUUAUUAUUUUGUUGUUUUAGUAAUAAUUUAAAGUUUAUAGAUUAAUUUACUUCAAAUUAAAAAGAUAAUUUUAGUUAAAUUUAAUUUAGUUUUAAAUAAGCUUAAUAUAAACAAAAAUUUUUAAUUAAAAUAGACAAAUUUGAGUUUAAAUUUAUAGAAAAUCUUUUUCAAACAUAAACAAAGUUUUGAUCCAUAAACCCUAACCUAUAAUAGUUUAAAAUACACAAACUUCAAUUUUAACAUUAAAGUUGAGGUUAUAAUUUCACCAAUCUGGCUACCUUGUUUAAUAUUGUGGUCAAACCUAACUGUUGAAAUAUUGUUUGUGUAUUUAUAACUUUAAACUCCUGUUAGUAAAUCCUCUCUUUUGCCCACUCCCUUCUUUAAAAUGAAGCUUUGGCGUUGUUUAUACACUGAACGCAAUUUUAUUAGUUAAAUGCAAUAUAAAUAAACCAUAAACGGAAAAUAUUUAACAAAAAGUAAACAAAUGUAAUGGAAACAAUCACCAAAAAUACCUUAUGUACAGUAACUAACAAAAUUUAUUACACUACAAACAAUAUAACACAAAAAAGGGAUUCACACUACUGUUUAUAUAUAAAAUUAAACUAAAAUAAAAUAAAUUACUUAAAACAUAUCGUAAAAAUUGGCCUAUAAUAUUUAAAAAUAAAAUAUAUAUAUAAUUUUAGUUUUUAUUAAGUUGCCUAUAUUGCAAUUUAUUUUCUUAAAAAUUAAGUUAAAUUUUUUUGAAAAAAGCAAUGAAAAUGGAAUGAAUGUUGAAAAAUAUAGGAAAAGCAAACCAUAUUCAUUAAAAAACUCAUUAAAUACAUGUAUUAUAUUAAAUAUUUUCUUUGAAAAAAUAAAAACAAAUGGUCCAUAAAAUUGUAUUAAUAUAUAAACAAUAAAUAAAUAAAAACAAAUAAAUAAUCAUACCAAAGAGAACUUAACCUAAAAAAAAACACAAAUUGUAAAAUGCAAAAUUUAUAAAGAAAAUCGAAAAAAAUUAUAAUUUUAGUUAAAAUUAAAAAUUUAGUUGGUUAAAAAAGAAUAAGUCCAACAUUUAUUAUUUUCACGGCUUAUCAGUAAAACUUUUAUAACAAGUAUUAAAAUUACAUACGAUUACGUCCAAUUCUAAGAAUAUUGAACUAUUUUUAACCAUUUCAAUAUUAUAGUUGUAAUACCAAAUUUAUCUAACCACCUUUAAGCAAUUUUACAAUAACUUUUUCAAAAUCUUUUUAAGAAAAUCCUAAUUUUGAGAAUUUUUAUAUAUUUUUAUAUAAUUUUUUUUCAAAAUUUUUAAGCUUUUAAAUCAAAUGGAUUAUUUUUACUAAAUUUAUAAAAAUCCCAAGUAAUUUUGUUCUAUAUUUAUACUACUUUGCCGUCCGUUGAAGUUAUCAGCUUUAUGCAUUAUUUUUUCGGUAUAUUACUUGUUAUCAAAGGUUUUACUGAAGUCUAUAUAUACAUAUACUCCAAUAUAAUAUACAUUCAUAUAUGAAGUCUAUAGUCUUGACUUUAGAUAUUCUGGACCAUAAACCGAUCUAUAGUCCAUGCCAUAGACCAACUUAUAGUCUAAAUAAAGACUGAAAUAUAGUCAAGGAUAUGUUUAAAAUCUCAAGAAUAGAUCAAUGUUAGUCUUGACCAUAGAUCAGUCUUAUAGUCUUGACCAUAGAUCAGUCUUAUAGUCUUGACCAUAGAUCAGUCUUAUAGUCUUGACUAUAGAUCACACAAUAGUCUUGACCACAGGUCAGUCUAUAGC